AUGAAGUACUCCAUCAUCGCUGGUCUGUCCCUUUUGGGAUCGGCCCUCGCGACUGUGCCCUCCAUUGAGAUCAAGGGCAAGAAGUUCUUCUACUCCAACAACGGUACCGAAUUCUACAUCCGUGGUGUUGCCUACCAGCCCGACUACAACGCCCGCAACGGUGGAAGCUCCGACAUUGAUUACACUGACCCGCUGGCCGACGCCGAAAGCUGCAAGCGUGAUAUCCCCUACCUGACCCAGCUGCGCACCAACGUCGUUCGUACUUACGCUGUCAACCCCAACUCCUCCCACGACGAGUGUAUGAAUGCCCUGGCCGAUGCUGGUAUCUACGUUAUCAGCGAUCUGUCCUCCCCAUCGGAGUCCAUUGAGUCCAGCGAACCCAUGUGGAACGCUGACAUCUUCGACCGUUACUCCUCGGUCAUUGAUGCUUUCGCCCAGUACCCGAACGUCAUUGGUUUCUUCGCCGGAAACGAGGUCUCCAACAGCGUUAACAACAGUAACUCCAUGGCUUACGUCAAGGCUGCCGUUCGUGACAUGAAGACCUACAUCCAGCAGAAGAACUACCGCUCAUCCUUGGCCAUCGGUUACGCCACUGAUGAUGACGCUAGUGUUCGUGAGAACAUUGCCAACUACCUGGUUUGCGAUGAUUCCUCCGACUCCAUUGACAUGUUCGGUUACAACAUCUACGAAUGGUGCGGUGAAUCUUCCUACAAGACUUCCGGAUACCAGGCCCGUACCGAGGAGUUCAAAGACUACCCUGUCCCCGCUUUCUUCUCCGAGUACGGCUGCAACAAGCCCGCCCCUCGUAAAUUCACUGAUGUUCCCGUUCUCUUCGGUCCUGAGAUGGAGAACGUCUGGAGCGGUGGUAUUGUCUACAUGUACUUCGAGACUGACAAUGACUACGGUCUGGUUUCCACUUCGGGCAAUUCCGUCUCCACCUUGACCGACUUCAGCUACCUGUCCUCCCAGAUGCAGAAGGCUACCCCCACCGGUGUCGCCAUGAGCGACUACUCUGUCUCCACCACUGUUGGUCGCAGCUGCCCCACUGUUAAGGCUGAUGAGUGGCUCGCUGCUAGCAGCCUGCCCCCGGCCAUUGACUCGUCCCUCUGCUCUUGCAUGUACGACUCUCUGACCUGUGUUCCUGUGGACGGCAUAUCCUCCAAGAAGAUGGCCAGCACCUUCAGCUACCUCGGUGGUAAGGGUGUUAUGGACGGUGUCACUGGUAACGGUACCAGCGGUGUCUACGGUGCCUACAGCGGCUGCAGCGCUAACCAGCGUCUUGCCUUUGCCAUGGACCAGUACUACAAGAAGAACGGCAAGUCCUCCGAUGCCUGUGGCUUCAGCGGUGCCGCCACCACCAAGUCUGCCACCACUGCCAGCGCCUGCAGCUCCCAGCUGAAGGCCGCCGGUACUGCUGGCACUGGCACCGUCAGUGGCUCUCUUAACGCUGGCUCCACUGCCACCGGCUCCAGCUCUGGUGCCACCUCUAGCGGUGCCGCUGGUGUUGUCACUGCCCCCCAGGCCGUUGUCAUUGGUGCUUGGCAGACCGGUCUUUACGGCCUGGUCGCUCUUGCCACCGGUGCCUUUAUGAUCGCGCUGUAA